GGGCCGCUGGCGCGGGAUCUGGGGCUCAGCGCGGACGAGCUGCCGGCGCGCAAGCUGCGGCUGAGCGAGGAGAAGCAAUACUUCACGGUGAGUGAGGAAAACGGGAAUCUGUAUGUGUACGAGAGACUGGACCGGGAGGAGAUGUGCGGCACGUCACCGACCUGCACCGUCAGCUUCGAGGCGCUGGUGCACAACCCACUGAACAUCUUCCGUGUUGAGGUGGCCAUUGAGGACGUGAAUGACAAUUCCCCGGUCUUCAGGAAGGCUUCUCUGGACCUCGAUAUAGGUGAAUGGAUACCUCCCGGCGCUCGUUUUCCGCUGGAGAUGGCACGAGACGCCGACGUAGGAAGCAACUCCCUUCUGACUUACCAACUCACCAACAACCCGUCCUUCAGUCUGGCCGUGAAGGAGAACCCGGGUGGAAAGAAGCUGCCUGAAUUAGUGUUGGAGAGAGCGUUGGACCGGGAGAAGCAGAGCUCCUUUGAGCUGGUGCUGAUGGCGGUGGAUGGAGGAGACCCCGCGAGGUCCGGGACUGUCCAGGUUCGCAUUAACGUGACGGACGCCAACGACAACCCACCCGUGUUCAGCAAAAGUAUGUACGAGGCGCGAGUGGCGGAGAAUCUUUCGGUGGGGUCACUGGUGCUGCAGGUGCUGGCCAGGGAUGCGGAUGCGGGUUCCAACGGGAAGGUCUCCUACUCCUUUGGCAACGUCCCAGACGACGCCGCUAUGUUGUUCAGCAUCGACAGCGAGAGUGGCGAGAUCAGGACAGCGAGUCCCCUAGAUUUCGAAGAGAACAGUAAAUAUACCUUCGGCCUCGAGGCGAGAGACGGUGGUGGACUCACCGGGAACUGCGAAGUGCAAAUAGAUAUCACGGACGUGAACGACAAUGCGCCCGAGAUAACAAUUUUGUCGCUGUCGAGUCCCGUGACCGAGGACGCUCCGACCGGCACCGUGGUAGCCCUGCUGAAAGUGCGCGACAGAGACUCCGGCGAGAACGGUCAGGUGUCGUGCGA